AUGUUUCGCAACCGCUAUAUUUCUUUAAAUCCUCGACAAAAUUAUAUAAGGAACCCACUAAAUAUAUUUGAUGCAUCAUUGAAUACAUUGAAUACUAGAAUAAGUGUUUCAAAUAAAGAAAUAUCCGAUUAUAUCUAUGAAGAAGUUCCACUUGUUGACAAAAAAGAAGCUAAUGAUGAAGCUGUAGAAGAAAUCAGUGAUAAAAUUUUCAAUAAUGAAGAAACCGGUGAUGAAUUAUUCAAUGAAAAAGAAUAUGAAGUAUUUGAUGAAGAAGAAAUUGUUGAUAAUGAAUACGAAGGAUUUAAUGAAGAAGAAAUUGAGAAUUCGUGUCGACACUACGAACUUCCUUCUUUUUUGGUAGAUGACAAUGGAGCCAAUGCACAGUAUCGCCUGCAUGUUGGUGACAUAAUUUAUAAUUAUGACGAAAGUAAAGCAAAUUUAGCCGAAGAUCUAUCAGCUAGAAUUCAUGAAUUAAAGCUGAAUUGA